AAUAAAGGGAGGGACCUGUUAUUGUACUGACAUAAGUGCAGAGCUGUAUCCUCGGAAAUACUACCUAUAGCAGAACAUUGCAUGUACAGAAGACAAAAACUCCUGGAUAAAAGAUUGGAUACUAUCUUUACCAUGUAUAAAUCUCUCCUACAAAGUGAGAUGCAGUGUGAAUAAUCAGAACCAAAUGUGAGAUGGCUGAAAGUGUACCCACAAUGGAAAGCUCAGAUGAGGAGGAGUUCUAUGAUGCAACUGAAUCCUUCCCUGAGCAAAACUGUGAGAAAGGAGAGAACACUCCACCAACAGCACAGUCUGACUAUGUCCCUCCACCUGAAGUAACAGUUCUCAAUGCUGAUCAGGAGACUGUUUCUCUUGGUUUACCACUCACUGAUCACUCUGUUGGGUAUAAACUGCAAGUAGAUUACUCCUGUGACACACAUAGAGACAGUUUGAUCACAAAGGACUACGGCACUGUGAAGGUUGAGGGACUGAAUCCUGGGACUGAAUACACUUUCAGUAUCACAAGGAUUGCAGAUAAUGGAAGUCAAAGCAAAGCAACCUCGCUAUCUGUCUUCACAGAGCCCAGCCCUCCUGCACAGAUUGCUGUCUAUCAGGCCAGCAGUGAGUCACUGUCUCUGCGUUGGGACCCUCCUGUUGGUGAAGUGGAGAGUUACAUUGUGACUUGUUGCAGUGAGGGAGAAACUGUGCAAGAGUUGACAACAGACACAAACAACCUGACUCUCAGCGACCUGAAGCCAGGGGCGUGUUACUCCCUCCAUGUUUCUGCACAACAUAGGAAUGGAAGAAUAAGCAAGGCGACUGUAAAGUCUGCCCACACAAAGACACAACUUGAGAGCUUCUUGGAGGAUCUGGGAUUGGAGCGGCAUUACACAGAGAAGCUAUCCCUGAGCACGAUACUUCAGAUUGAUGAGAAGACCAUCACUGAUGACACUGUUAAGUGUAAUUCAGAUCUUCCAUGGUAUUUGUUGAAGAAACUGAUGAUGGUUAAUGUGACAGCUAGGAAUGUGAAAUUUCCAUCCAUGUGUGAGUCAAACUGUUGGAAUCAGUCAGGAAUUACAGAGUUAGAUCUUGAUAAUCUGGUAAACAGUCCACAUUCAGGUGACAUGCUGAACCCCCUUGACAUAAUCACUGCUCUCUUUCUGUGUUCUGAUGGUUUUGUACAGCAGGAAAUGGCACUCAAAAUGUCUAUGUGUCAGUUUGCUGUGCCUCUGUUGCUUCCCAAUUGUGACACAAAGCAGUGCACACUCAUGCUUUGGGCUUUGAGAGACAUUGUUAAAAAGUACAGACCUCAGUCACUUUCAGAAUCCAAGGGCUUUAUUGAAAACAGAAUUGUUGUCUCUGAACUUCCAAUGAUAUCUUUUGUGAAACUGGGUGAGUGCUCCUUGUCCAAGUCAGAGAUCCUCAAUAAGCUUCUGAGCAAUUCUCAGCAGUACCAUGAUACCUUUGUUCAUCAUGAUAUGGAGUGUGGUGACAGCCCAAGGAGAAUAUCCAAUGGAUUGGCUGAAACUACCUGGUACCUUCCUUGUGGGAACAAAAACAUGGAUGUUUUCAGUGAGCCAGUAGCUGUAGCGAACCUUCGUGGGGACAUUGCUUCAUUUGAAACACAAUUUUCAUUUUUGUGUCAGACAUCUGAAGCAGUUUUUGUGUUCUUUGACAAUUUGGACUCUGAGUGCAAGCUGCUUAUCAAUCAAAACCACAAAGCACAGAUCUUCUUGGUUGGUAACCAUCAAAGCCAGAGGUUCAGUGUAAAUGGUCUAAAAAAAGUUGCAACUGAGCUGGGCUUAACUAACAGCAACAUACUUUUGAAAACUAAGCACAUGAAUGAUGCAGACUUUGUCAAAAUAUUGCGGAACACAAUCAGGGAUGUAGUUGAGAACUCAAAGAUGAAGAUGGGAAUUGAGAAAAUGGCUGACAUUGCCCAUGAACUGGGAAUCAGGGUUGAUGAAGACUGUUCGGAGUGCCAGACUGCCAAGAAAAAUGCAAAUGCCAUCACUGCAGAAAUUCAAGACAUUGUUUCAUACAAAGAAGCUCAGCUGCCGUUGCAAGGACAAAUAUGGAAGGACCUGACUUGCUUGGAGAAGGAGGAAUUUCGGCUUCGGAAAGGUGGAUUUGAAAACAUAGAAAAGUACAAAAGCGAUCUCCAGGUACAGAAAAACAAACUUCGGGAAAAACAGAACUCUUAUGACAUGUCACAUGCAAUAACAUGUUUCAUCAACGCAAUAUCAAGCCCAGGGAUUGAGAGGUGCUAUUUCCUGAAAUGGAUGCGAAUGAACCUCGAUAACCUGUCUCGAGAAAAACUGUCUGGCCUCAGGGAGCAGUACAAAAAUAAAUAUAAACAUUCUGAGAACAAAGAGGAGAUCAAAGACAUUGACAGACAACUUUCCAACAGCUCACUGGGGACUGAACACUUCUUCCGUGAAAUGGGUCAGAUCUAUGAAGCUUCAGUUUCCCUUCCAGAAACAGACCCAUCACGAAAACAAUUACAGCAUCUGCCAAGACUGUGCGCACAAUUGUUGCUUGAUGGAUUUCCCAUUGAGCUUGUAGAUGGAGAUGCAUCCAACAUACCUCUCAGAUGGGUGAGUGAUGUUCUUUAUCAGCUCAAUGACUUGGUGUCUCCUAAGAACAAGAUACUGGUAGUCACAGUUCUUGGAGUCCAGAGCACAGGAAAGUCUACUCUCCUCAACACCAUGUUUGGAGUGCAGUUUGCAGUCAGCAGUGGUCGAUGCACUCGAGGUGCUUUUAUGUUGCUCAUCAGAAUCAAUGAAGAUCUCAAAAAAGCUCUCAACUGUGACUUCAUGUGAUCAUUGACACUGAGGGAUUAAAGUCACCAGAGCUUGCACAACUGGACAAUAGCCAUGAACAUGACAAUGAGCUUGCAACACUCGUUAUAGGGUUGAGUGACAUCACCAUUAUUAAUAUUGCAAUGGAGAAUUCAACAGAAA